AUGUCUCUGAAAUACAACAAAGUACUCAUCAUAGGCGCAAGCUCAGGAAUCGGCUGGGCGCUCGCCGAAAGGAUUGUUCAGGACGGCAAACACGCCAUUAUUGUCGGUCGCCGAAAAGAGAAGCUCGAUGAGUUCGUUCAAACAUAUGGGAGCGACAAGGUCGACUCUGUCGUCUUCGAUAUCACCAAGCUCGAUGAAAUCCCCAAGUUCGUUAAAGAUGUAAUGCGCAAACACCCUGAUCUCGACUCUGUAUUCCUCAACUCUGGGAUUCAACGUGGGUUCGAUUUCUCCAAGCCCGAAACGGUUGAUUUGGAUGUGCUAGAGUUGGAGUUCAGGACCAAUUACCUGAGCUAUAUGCACCUCACAACAGCCUUUAUUCCGUUUCUGCAAAAGCAAGAGAAGGAAACUAGUCUGAUAUACACCACCUCUGGGCUGGCAUUGCUACCACUUCCCCGAUGCCCCAACUAUUGCGCAUCCAAAGCUGCGUUGCAUCAUAUGAUUCUCGUCUUGCGGGAACAACUGCGCUCCGGGCCAGGAAACAUCAAAGUCAUUGAGAUCUUCCCUCCAGCUGUGCAAACAGAAUUACAUGAUGCGAAGCACCAGCCGGAUAUCAAGGAUGGAGCGCAUCUUGGGAUGCCAUUGGCGGAGUUUACGGAGGACGCAUGGGGAAAGCUGAUCAAGGGAGAUGAGCAGAUCCUGGUGGGAUUCUCAGUGAAAGCUUUCGAGGAGUUCGAAGGGAGGAGACAAGAGAUGUUUCACGGACUUAUGAUGAAGAUGAAGUAGACGAGGGUGACGCUGGUGAAGCUCCAGCGAAUGGACCCUGGUCUUGGCAUGGAAGGUACAUCUAUCGCAACUCUAACGCUACAUAGGGAUAACAUACCUAGGUAUGUAGUUGAAACUGUACACUUUGGUUGAUUGGUUCUU